AUGGACCCCGCGCAGCUUCCCCUGCAUCUUCAAAUCAUGCACCUGCGCAAGGUUCUUUCGUCGAACCCUACUCUUGUGACUGUGCUCACCUGUGCUGCAGCCCUCAAUUUGCCAAACUGGUACCUCGCCGGCGGCGCCUUGUCGCAGACAAUCUGGAACAGCGUCUCCAAGCUUCCACCUGAGACAGGGAUCCGCGACUACGAUCUCGUCUAUUAUGAUGAUUCGGACUUGUCGUAUGAGGCGGAGGACCUAGUCAUUCAGGCCGGUAAGCGUCAAUUUGGCGAUGUCCCUGUCGAGGUUGAAAUUCGAAACCAGGCACGGGUCCACUUGUGGUACGAAAAGAAGCACGGCGUUCCGUGUCGACCACAUACUAGCGUUGAGGCUGGAAUUGACACGUGGAUCUCCACAAGCGCCAUGCUGGGUGUCAGGCUAGACGAGCUGGGUGGGUGGGUCGUGUAUGCCCCUCGAGGAUUGUCUGACUUUUUCAACAUGGUGGUGAGGCCUAACCCAGUUCUGGGGAAAAGAGAAGCAUAUGACAAGAAGGUCAAGCGGUGGAAGGAGAUCUGGCCAAACCUUAUAGCCGAAUCCUGGCCGGGGGAGAUGUGGCAAGCACCCUAG